AUGGCCGCGGAAACAGACCCCGCUCGAGACUCCGUGCUCGACGACUCCGGCGCCGGCGAACCGCCGUCGCCAGAUGCAAACGGCGCGGCAACGAGCAGCCCAUGUUCCUUUCCUGCCAAUGGCGUUGGGGACGGGUCCGUGGGGCGGACCUUUAUGUACAUGUACAACAAAGCAGGGGAGGAUGGGGAUGCGACCACGUCCAGGGAGGGGCCUCACUGCAUUGAUGUUAGCAGCUACGUCACCUGCAAGUGGCGGGAUGGGCUCACGCGAAGGGCGAGGGUCAUCGAGCGGAGGAGGGUGUCCUGGGGGAGCUCAGGCCCCGAGGCCUACGAGUACUACGUCCACUACCUGGAUUUCAAUAGAAGGAUGGACGAAUGGAUCUCAUUUGACCAAAUGGACUUAACAUCGGGAGAAGCAGACUCAGGGGGAGGGGACUCUGAGGGUGGAAGGACGAGGGGCCAGAAGCGUAAAUUUGAAGAGCCAGAACCGGGAACAGAAGCUGACGACCAUGGCUCAUUUGAUCCUACAGCGCUCAAGGAGCAUGAAGAGUUCACAAAAGUGAAAAACGUGGAACGCAUAGAGCUUGGAGAGUUCGAGAUGGACACCUGGUAUUUCUCACCUCUUCCUGAAGAAUAUCGCGAGUGUCAGGUUCUCUUCUAUUGCGAGUUUUCAUUGAAUUUCUUCAAACGUCGAAAUUCCAUGCUCAGGCACCUGAGAAAGGUGAAGACACGGCAUCCUCCAGGGGAUGAGAUCUACCGAAAAGGCAACAUCAGUGUCUUUGAGAUUGAUGGCAGAAAGGAGCAGAUGUAUUGCCAGAACCUGUGCUAUUUGUCCAAGAUGUUCCUGGAUCACAAGACUCUGUACUACGAUGUGGACCUCUUCCUGUUUUAUGUUAUGUGCGAGGUUGAUGAGCGUGGGGCCCACAUUGUGGGAUACUUUUCGAAGGAGAAGCAUUCUGAGGAGGGCUACAACUUGGCGUGCAUCCUGGUGUUGCCACCCUACCAAAGGAAAGGAUAUGGCAAAUUUCUCAUCUCUAUGUCAUAUGAAUUGUCGAAGAUUGAGGGCAAGGUGGGAACACCUGAGCGACCCCUGUCUGAUUUGGGCCUCGUUGCAUACCGAACCUACUGGACACGGGUGCUGCUCAAUGUGAUCAGGGAACUAGACAGCUCAAUAUCCAUCAAGGAGUUGAGUGACAUCACGGCUAUCAAGACCGACGACAUCAUCAGCACACUCCAGUGGCUGAACAUGAUUCAGUACAAGAAGGGACAGCACGUCAUAUGUGCCGCCCCCGACCUUGUUGCUCGGCAUCUGGCAGAAGCAGGCUCCGCUGGCCUGGAGGUCUCUCCGUCGCUCAUAGUUUGGACGCCUUACAUGGCUCACAACGACUUGAUGAACUACAGGUUGUGA